UGUGUUAACAAACUACUAUAAGACCUGGUGUUUCUCCCUAGCCACACUUUCCUCUGAAUACCAAUAAUCUUUCUCCUACAAGCUUUCUUUCUCUGCUUAUUUUCUUCCCUUAACCCCACUUCCUUUUAUUGCAUAUUAUUUCACUUCUUCAUAUAAUUGUCCUCUUCUCUCGCUUUCAAUCAUCUAAGUAUAAUAAUUGUAGCUUGUUUCUAUAAAUAUCCAAUUUUUUUAUGUUACACCUUAAAAUAAUUUGAUUACAAUUUGGAGAAAAUUAAACUAGAAAGUAUGGAAACUGUGUGUGGAUAUGGUGAUCAUGAAGAAGAAAUGGAUUUGCCUCCUGGUUUUCGUUUUCAUCCAACGGAUGAAGAGCUAAUCACACAAUAUUUAGCCCCAAAGGUUCUUGAUAGUAGCUUUUGUGCAAGAGCUAUUGGUGAGGUGGAUUUGAACAAAGUUGAACCAUGGGAUUUGCCAUGGAAGGCAAAAAUGGGAGAAAAAGAAUGGUACUUCUUCUGUAUCAGGGACAAGAAAUAUCCAACCGGGCAGAGGACAAACAGAGCCACAGAAGCAGGGUAUUGGAAGGCAACAGGCAAAGAUAAAGAGAUAUUCAGGUCAAAAACACUUGUUGGUAUGAAGAAAACUCUUGUUUUCUACAAAGGAAGAGCACCUAAAGGUGAAAAAACCAAUUGGGUCAUGCAUGAAUAUAGAUUAGACGGCAAAUAUUCAGUCCACAAUCUCCCAAAAACUGCAAAGAAUGAAUGUGUGAUUUGCAGAGUUUUCAAGAAGAGUUCAGGAGGGAAAAAGAUACCAAUCUCAAAUCUCAUGAGAAGCAACAGUUUGACCGAUAAUUCGAGGUCUUCAAAUUUGCCACCAUUAAUGGACAUGUCACCAUACAACAAGAUUACAACAACAGCCAGAAGUAGUGGAGAGACAUCUAAUAAUUCUCAUGUGACCUGCUUCUCCGAUUCAGUGGAGGAACAAAAACCUCAAACACAUCAUCAUCAUAAUCCUCUGUCUUAUUCCCCUGUUUCUGUUGAUUUCCCAAAAAACCCUUCAAAUGUACCAAACAAUACCAUGCCCUACAUGGAAAAUUUCCAGUAUGGUGAUUCUGGAUUGAUGCAAGAUAACUCUAUAAUGAGGUUUUUGCUAGACAACAAUUAUGGGUCAGAAUCGAAACAGACGUUCAGGGGUGGUUACGAGGAUCAUGACUUCAGUAUCAAUUCAACUGGGCCAGUGGACAUCGAUUGUCUCUGGAAUUAUUGAACAUUUAGUAGGGACUUUAGCUUUAGCGAGUGAAGGCGUGAAAAUGCAAUAGAUAUAGAAAAAAAAAAUAGAUUGAAUGUGGGACAGAGCACAGAGGGUUAGUGUUGAUUAUUCCCAGAAAAAAAUGUUGUUAUUGUUAGAUUCAGUGCAGUAGUAGUAUUCUGUUGUUUAUAGAUUUGUCUCUGCUCGGAAUAAUACAAAAGUUAAUUGGUUUGUUAAUA